AUGAGCAACCCAUCACCAGAUCUAGUAAUUGGUAUCGACUUCGGAACAACAGGGACAGCUGUAGCAUACGCCAACCCUACAGAGAACAAGGUUUACCAUGUUAAAAACUGGCCUGAAGGUUUCAAGAAUUACGACAAAGUCCCAUCGAUGGUGGCUUUUGAAGGCCGCAAUCUGGCGGCGUGGGGCUUUGGCGUCCUGAAUCUGGAGCUCGAGUCCAUCACCAACCUCAAUUCUUACAAGCUAUUCAAGCCACUAUUCAACAGCCCGAAUCGCCCUGAUGCUACUGAGGCGAAGCGAUGUGUUUGCACAUUUCUUGAGGCUCUACACAAACACCUCCAGCAAGAAUUGAAAGGCAUGUUGCCUGAGCAAACUUGGGAUGAGUCCAAGGUCAAAUUUCUCUUUAGCUACCCGACAACCUGGGAUCAAGAGACAAAAGAACGAUUUUCUACCGCCAUUGAAGAGGCUGGGUACAAGAAAUGGGGCGACCAAGCCAGCCUGUUGUCUCUAGACGAGGCGGAAGCAUCCAUGCUGCAUUAUCUCAACAGCGCCUCUGAGUAUACGCUGCCCAAGCGUGAGGAUUACAUUAUGGUAGCUGAUAUUGGUGGCGGAACAUCGGAUGUGUCGAUCAACAAAGUAGUCGAUCUUACCGGCCGCGAAGCGAAGCUAUUGCCGAUGGUGUGUGAUGAGGGCAAGUACAUUGGGUCCACACAGAUAGACGACCAGUUCAAAGACAAGCUGCGACUGAGACUCAUGGAUCCCUACCGGGAGCGUCUGCGAGACAAAGUGGAUGUACAGCAGCUAGACGCUGUUGUGGAUUCCUAUUUAGAUGCGGCAGUGCUUCACCUUGAACAGAGCCCCGUCUAUGUGCAACAGAAGCACACCUACGGACAGAAAGCAGUUGGAGGCAAGAUUCAGAAGCCUGAAUUUCAACUCCUAUUGCCGGAUCCAUCUACGAUAAAAGAAGGAGUCACAGGGUCAGCUCAGGAUGUACGUCGCGGCGAGAGUAUACAUAAGGGAGAGUUCUUCGAAAAUGCUUUCAGCGAACAGUGCUCCAAGAUAUGGAACCAAUGCAAGUUGCAGAUGGAGGAGUUCGAAAAGAUGGACAAGGUAGAUUCUGGGCAGAUGGUCAAGUACGUUGUUCUAGCAGGGGGUUUGGGCAGCUCCGCAUAUAUAAUGGCAAAGCUGUCACAGGAGUUCGCUGUAUACGCUAAAUCCCACAAAGCCAACCCACCUACCGUCAUUCAAAUCCGCGACGCCGAGAUAGCCGUCUGCCAAGGCUUAGUUCAUGAUGAGUUGCGGCAGCUGCACGGAAAUCCAGUUUGGGUGUAUCCAGCUGUUGCGUCAUACGGUAUUGAGAAAGCGGGAAACAAAAACGAUAUUAAGUGGUUUUUAAGGUAUGGAGAUGAGCUCAAAGUCCCACAUGGAAUCACUAUUGAGCGUCAUGUGGACAUUGCAAAACUUAAAGCUCUCGACCUGCAACUUGUCAAGGUCACCAACCCGCCUCCAACAGGCUUGAUUAUUAAAAGUGCAGAUAAAGAAGCAUGGAAUCAGCGUGCGGUUCCUGUCAGGGAUAUCAGCAAGUGGGUAAAGGACCUUCUGCCAAGCGACCUGAAGGGCAGACAUCGUUUCUCAAAAAAAGCUACGUUAGUGAUUAAAGCUGAGCUAUCACGCGAGCUGAUCACAAUGACUCUUGAAUAUGAUAAGCAACAGUUAAGCGAGAAGAUUUUUGUCCUGGAGAGCUGGCACAAGGAUCCCAAAGUGGGUAAGAAAGGAAAGACAGCCCCAAGGUCUAAGGCAUGGAAAUUCAAUAUGUCAACCUCGGACAAGAUCGCUGCUGGUACUCUUGGGCUUGGCAUCAUCAGCGGGAUUCUACUCGCAGUGAACCAGUUUAGGAAGAAGCCUGAGCCUACACCUGUUCAAGUAACAGUUGAUGAUCAGAAGUCUGACAAGAAGGAUGGACAAGACGCCGAUAAAAACGUGGAAAGUGAGAAUGGUAUAAGUAACUCUUCCAUUGCUAAUGAUGGAGGUGGGGUGAGUGGUACCGUAAACUAA